GGACCAACUUCACUGCAUUUCCUCCCAAUCGAAUUUGCUUGACACUUGACAUUCUUGAGUGGAAUUUUUGGCAUUCCGGUGCUUGCGGGUUGCGCGGCUGUCAAGCGGGGUGUUUUGUUUGGUUCGGUGUCCACAGUUUUUCUCCCCUUUUAGUGUACGUUUUUGGUAUGACGGUAGACGUCGUUGACUCGGCCGAUCAGUGAAUUGUCCGUUCCAGCAGUGCAGCGAGAUGAGCAAGUUGAAGCGUCCGGUCGACUCAACGAACCCGCUCGUGUUCUUCGACAUCCAAAUUGGCCAGGAAAGAGUUGGUCGAAUAAUAAUAGAACUUCGAAAAGAUAUCGUUCCAAAAUCUGCCGAGAACUUUCGAGCUCUGUGUACUGGCGAAAGAAGUAUUGGCCGUCUGGGGAAGAAACUUCAUUACUUAGGCACUCGGUUUCAUAGAGUUGAACGUUUGUUUAUGGCACAAGGUGGUGAUGUUGUGAAAAAUGACGGCUCCAGCGGCGAAAGCAUUUACGGACCAGUGUUCGAAGAUGAAAAUUUUAUUUUGAAGAACACGGAAGGCGUUGUCAGUAUGGCAAACUACGGCAAACCUAACACGAACAAUUCCCAGUUUUUCAUUGCCUCUAGUAACUGUACUCAUCUCGAUGGCGUCAAUGUGGCCGUUGGCCAUGUGCUGAGAGGAUUUGGAAUUAUAAGUGAAAUGGAAAAAUAUACCACAUCCGAAGGAGUGCCCACAAGAGACAUUUUCGUUUCCAACUGUGGCGAGCUUUCAAUCGAAGAUAAUUGGGGCUACUGUGACAGUGAUGAGACUCUAGACAUUUUACCACCUUUUCCAGCAGAUUGGGAGCACAAUACAGAUGCAUAUAAUGAAGAAGCCAUGGUUGCUGUUUUGAAUACAAUUCGACAGUCCGGGCAGUAUUUUUUCCAAAGGGAUAACUACAUUGAGGCUCUUCGAAAGUAUAAAAAAGCUCAACGUUACUCAAAAUUCUUUACUGAGAAGAAUAACUCCGCCCCAUUACUUGAUAAUUUUAAUGCUAUCAACUAUUGUAAUAUAGCUGCAUGUGAACUAAAGUUGGAAGACUAUUUGAGCGCAAGAGCCGCGGCGAUGGAGGCCAUUAAACUCGAUCCUUUUCAUGGCAAAGCCUAUUUUCGACUAGGAGAAGCGGAAAUCCAAUUAAAAAACUAUGAAAAUGCAAUUUUCAACUUACAGGAAGCAAACAAGCUCGUUCCAGAUAACAAACAAAUUAUAAAUUCUCUCAACAAAGCGAAGCAACUUCUGUUUGAUUACCGAAAUUCACAGAAGGCCGCGCUAAAAAAUCUCUUUAAGUGAGUGCAAACAUGGAUAGUGCAAAUGAUUAUAUAUUUCUUUGUUACCUGAAUGAAAUUGUUGUCAAUCCGUAAUAAUAAUUAAAUGUAUUUAAAGUGUAAAGGAUGCUAUGUAUGCGUAUUUGUUAACGUCAUAAAAGAAGUAUUUUAAAGAAUAAAAGUGAGUAAUUUAUGUAA